AUGACAAGAUUAGGCUCUAAAGUCGGUUAUACAGUUCGUUUCGAUGACACCUCCAGUCCUGCAACUGUCAUCAAAUACCUCACCGAUGGUAUGUUAUUACGAGAGAUAUUAUCCGACGAAUUGUUACUUCGAUACAAGGUGAUUGUGCUUGAUGAAGCACAUGAACGUACUUUGAGAACAGACAUGUUAUUUGGUAUGAUCAAAAAAAUCCAAAAAAUUAGAUUAGAACGACAAGGAGAGGAUGGUAUUUUACCUUUAAAGAUUGUGAUUAUGAGUGCUACUUUGGACGCCGAGAAAUUCAGUGAAUUCUUCAACAAUGCCAAAAUUUUGUAUGUAUCAGGUCGUUUAUACCCCGUAGACACCAUGUUCACCAUUGAACCUCAAGCCGAUUAUUUAGACGCUGCAUUAGUAUCCAUCUUCCAGAUCCAUGUGAAUAACCCCAAGGGUGAUAUCCUUGUAUUUUUACCAGGUCAAGAUGCUAUCGAGAGUCUGACUGCCUUGGUCAAUGAAUAUUCCGCUCAAUUACGUCCCCAACAACAAAAACUAUUAGCAUGUCCACUCUUUGCCGCUUUACCCCCUUCACAACAACAAAAAGUAUUUGACCCAGCUCCCGAAAACACGAGAAAGGUUAUCUUAUCCACCAAUAUUGCCGAAACCAGUAUCACCAUCCCCGGUAUCAAAUAUGUCAUUGAUUGUGGGUUAGCAAAAUUACGUGGGUUCAAUCCAAAGAUCGGUGUCGAAUCCUUGUUAUUACAUCCGAUCUCCAAGAGUUCGGCAUGGCAGAGAACAGGUCGUGCAGGAAGAGAAGCAGCUGGUGUCUGUUAUAGAUUAUAUACCGAGGAAGCAUUUAGAGAAUUAGAAGAUGAUACCGUGCCUGAAAUUAGAAGAUGUAAUUUGGCUGCUGCUGUGCUUUCAUUAAAGGCUUCUGGGGUUGAGAAUGUACUUGAAUUUGAUUAUAUGGAUCGUCCUUCAAGAGCUUCACUUAUACGUGCUUUGGAAGAAUUAUAUGCCUUGGGCGCUAUUGAUGAUAAGGGAGAUCUUUCGGAAUUGGGUAAACAAAUGGCAGAGUUUCCUCUUGAUCCUACUUAUUCCAAGGUCCUUAUUCAAUCCAAGGAAUACGGUUGUUCUUUAGAGGUGAUUGCCAUCAUUUCCUUGUUAUCGGUAGAUUCGGUCUUUUUCACACCUUCUGAUAAACGGGAUCAGGCUACGGAAGCAAGAAAGAAGUUUAUCCAUCCUGAUGGUGAUCAUUUAACUCUCUUGAACGUUUUGAAAUCCUAUUGGGAGGUCAAGGGAGAUAUUGAAUGGUGUAAGGAAAACUUUAUCAAUAACAGAAAUAUCAAGAUUGCAAUGGAAGUACGUGAUCAAUUGAUCCGUUUCUGCGAGCGUAUUGAUAUGGACCCAAAGAGCUCGUGCGGGGCUGAUACAGACAAUGUUUUGAAAUGCUUCUUGACUGGGUUCUUUCAAAACACGGCUUUAUUACAACCCGAUGGAUCUUACAAGAGUGUUGCUGGCAGCCAAAAUGUCAAGAUUCAUCCUGGAUCUGCCAUGUUUGGUAAACGUGUGGAAGGUAUUUUAUAUAACGAAUUAGUGUUUACAACUAAGCAUUAUGUCCGUGGCGUUUCAGCUAUUCAAUCUGCUUGGUUACCUUUGGCGGCACCAAAGUACUUUAACAAUGUGAAAUCAUAA